AUGGUGGCUGCGCUGGCCGCGUGGCUGCUGCUGGCGGCCGCGGCCUGCGCGCAGCGGGAGCAGGGCUUCUAUGACUUCAAGGCGGUGAACAUCCGGGGCAAGCUGGUGUCGCUGGAGAAGUACCGGGGUUCGGUGUCCCUGGUGGUGAACGUGGCCAGCGAGUGUGGCUUCACAGAGGAGCACUACCGGGCCCUGCAGCAGCUUCAGCGGGACCUGGGGCCCCACCACUUCAACGUGCUUGCCUUCCCCUGCAACCAGUUCGGCCAGCAGGAGCCCGACAGCAACAAGGAGAUCGAGAGUUUUGCCCGCCGCACCUACAGCGUCUCUUUCCCCAUGUUUAGCAAGGUCGCAGUGACUGGCACUGGUGCCCAUCCCGCCUUCAAGUACCUGGCCCAAACUUCUGGAAAGGAGCCCACUUGGAACUUCUGGAAGUACCUCGUGGCCCCAGAUGGAAAGGUGGUAGGGGCUUGGGACCCAACCGUGUCGGUGGAGGAGAUCAGACCCCAGGUCACGGCACUUGUGAGGAAACUCAUCCUGAAGAAGCGAGAAGACUUAUAA